UCCUGUGCAGUUGGUGAAUGGCGGCGGACACAAAGAGUUGAGGCCCGAGUCCAGAGACCCUCACACCGCACAGCGCAGCCGGGACACGAGCCUCGAGACGCGGCCUGGAGCAGAGACAACCCGCCGCUGGACAACCUUCCUGUUCUCACCCCCCGAGUCCUCGGAAGCGUGUCGGUGAAGUUACCGCAAACUUUGUGUGAGUUGGGGAAAGUUCUCGUCGGAGCCUGGCAGAGAUCCGGAGGAGGACCGACAGAAUGCAGAGCUGGAUCCGGGCCGUGGUGGCCUGGAGCUGGGUGGCGGUGUGUGUCCGCGGCGCCAUGGACGAGUGUUCGGACGAGCGGGGCGGACCGCAGCGCUGCAUGCCCGAGUUCGUGAACGCGGCUUUCAACGUGACGGUGGUGGCGACCAACACCUGCGGCUCCCCGCCCGAGGAGUACUGCGUCCAGACCGGGGCCACCGGGGUCACCAAGUCCUGCCACAUCUGCGACCACCAGGACCCGCGGAACCAGCACACCGCCGCGGACCUGACCGACUACAACAACCAGCAGGACACCACCUGGUGGCAGAGCCAGACCAUGCUGGCGGGGAUCCAGUACCCGAGCUCCAUCAACCUCACCCUGCACCUCGGUAAAGCCUUCGACAUCACCUACGUGCGCCUGAAGUUCCACACCAGCCGGCCGGAGAGCUUCGCCAUCUACAAGCGGACCAGUGAGAGCGGCCCCUGGGUCCCGUACCAGUACUACAGCGGCUCCUGUGAGAAAACCUACCAGAAGCAGGGGCGGGGCUUCAUCCGGACCGGAGAGGACGAGCAGCAGGCGCUCUGCACCGACGACUUCAGUGACAUCUCCCCGCUCACCGGGGGGAACGUGGCCUUCUCCACGCUGGAGGGCCGACCCAGUGCCUACAACUUCGACAACAGCCCCGUCCUCCAGGACUGGGUGACGGCCACCGACAUCAGAGUGACCCUGAACAGGCUCAACACGUUCGGAGACGAGGUCUUCAAUGACCCCAAGGUCCUCAAGUCCUACUACUACGCCAUCUCUGACUUCGCUGUGGGAGGAAGGUGUAAGUGUAACGGCCACGCCAGCGAGUGUGUGAAGAACAGCGGAGGACGGCCGGUGUGCAACUGCAAACACAACACGGAGGGAGACGACUGCAACGUCUGCAAACCGUUCUACAACGACCGUCCCUGGAGGAGAGCGACCGCCGACAACUCCAACGAGUGUCUGCCCUGUGACUGUAACGGGAAGAGCAGCGAGUGCCGGUUCGAUGCCGAGCUGUACCGGGCCUCGGGUCACGGAGGUCACUGCAGAGGCUGCGCCGACAACACCGACGGGCCGAACUGUGAGCGCUGCCUGGACAACUACCACCGGGACCAGAGCGGCAGCCGCUGUUUGCCCUGCGGCUGCAACUCUGUAGGCUCGGAGUCUCCACAGUGUGACAACAGAGGAAUGUGUGCGUGUAAACCAGGAGUGACGGGAGAUAAGUGUGACCGCUGUCAGCCGGGUCACCACAGCCUGACGGAGGCCGGCUGCAGGCCCUGUUCUUGCUCGCCCUCUGGCAGCACUCAGGAGUGUGACGUCAACUCAGGACAGUGUCGCUGCAAAGACAACGUGGAGGGCUUCAGCUGCGACAGGUGCAAACUGGGAUUCUUCAACCUGGAUCCCAGUAACCCUCAGGGCUGCACGCCGUGCUUCUGCUUCCAGCACUCGUCUGUGUGCGACAGCGCCGAGGGCUUCAGCGUGCACGCCCUCAGCUCCUCCUUCCACAGAGAUGAUGAACAGUGGACUGGUCAGCAGCGUGAUGGGUCCAGUGUCUCUGUCCAGUGGUCUCCCAGUGGACAGGAAAUCUCCCUCAUCUCAGACGACUACUUCCCCAUGUACUUUGUAGCCCCAGAGAACUUCCUGGGGAACCAGCUGCUCAGUUAUGGUCAGAACCUGACCCUGAGGUUCCGGGUGGACCGGCGGGACACUCGUCUCUCGGCGGAGGACCUGGUUCUGGAAGGUUCUGACCUGAGAGUGGCCGUCCCCCUGAUCGCCCAGGGCAACGCCUACCCCAACGAGAACAUGCAGACAUACGUGUUCAGGCUCCAUGACAGCGCCGACUACCCCUGGAGGCCGACCAUCAGCCACUCGGACUUCCAGAAACUUCUUCACAACUUGACGGCCGUGAAGAUCCGAGGCACCUACAGUGAACGGAGUGCUGGUUACCUUGAUGACGUGUCCCUGGUGUCGGCCCGGCGGGGCCCGGGGGAGCCGGCCCGCUGGGUGGAGCAGUGCACCUGUCCUCAGGGCUACCAGGGUCAACACUGUGAGCAGUGCACCCUGGGAUACCGCCGCGCCCGCCCAGAGCUCGGCGCCUUCAGCUCCUGUGAACCCUGCAACUGUAACGGGCACAGCGACGCCUGCCACCCCGACACAGGAGCUUGUGACUGCCUGCACCACACGGCCGGUCUGAGCUGUGAACGCUGUAAAGACGGGUUCUAUGGGGAAGCCGCCCAGGGGACAGCCGGUGACUGCCAGCCGUGUCCCUGUCCCUCCGGAGCCACCUGCGCCGUUGUUCCCAAAACCAGAGAGGUGGUCUGCACCAACUGUCCCGCCGGAACCACAGGUAAACGCUGUGAGCUCUGUGACGACGGUUUCUUCGGCGACCCGCUGGGCCAGAGCGGCCCGGUCCGAGUGUGCCGGGCCUGCAAGUGCAGCGACAACAUCGACCCCAACGCCGUCGGCAACUGCAACCGCGAGACGGGAGAGUGUCUGAAGUGCAUCUACAACACGGACGGCUUCUUCUGCGACCGCUGCCAGGACGGCUUCUAUGGAAACCCGCUGGCCUCCAGCCCCACGGACAAGUGCAAAGCCUGCUCCUGCUCAGCGUACGGGACGCUGGGUGGACAGACCAGCUGCUCUCAGGUCACCGGUCAGUGUCCCUGUCUCUCCAACGUCUCCGGGCGGGACUGCAGCGCCUGUGAACCCGGCUUCUUCAACCUGCAGAGCUCCAGCGGCUGCGAGAGGUGUAACUGUAACCCGAUUGGCUCCACCAACGGUCAGUGUGACAUCACCACAGGCCAGUGCGAGUGCCAGCCCGGCGUCACGGGGCUGCACUGCCAGCGCUGCGAGGUCGCCUCCUUCGGCUUCAGCUCGUCCGGCUGCAAACCUUGUGACUGCGACCCCGAGGGCUCCCAGUCAGACCAGUGCAAAGAGGACGGGCGCUGCGAGUGUCGUCCGGGCUUCGUUGGAUCUCGAUGUGACAUGUGUGAGGAGAACUACUUCUACAACCGCACGGUGCCGGGCUGCCAGCAGUGUCCCUCCUGCUACAGUCUGGUCAGAGACAAGGUGAACCAGCAGAGGCAGAAGCUUCACGACCUGCAGACUCUGAUCGAUAACCUGGGCUCAGGUCAGGAGACGGUCAGCGACAAGGCGUUUGAGGACCGACUGAAGGAGGCCGAGCGAGCCAUCAUGGACCUGCUGGACGAGGCUCAGACCAGCAAAGGCGUGGACAGAGGUCUGCUGGAUCGACUGAACACCAUCAACAACACUCUGACCACUCAGUGGAACCGACUGCAGAACAUCCGCAGCACGGUGGACGACACCGGCGCUCAGGCCGACCGCGCCCGCGGCCGAGUCCGAGACGCAGAGAGCCUGAUCGACCGAGCCCGGCAGGAGCUGGACAAGGCCCGGGACGCCGUCAGCAAAGUGGACAUCAAACCGCCCGGCGGCACCGGAGAGCCCAACAACAUGACGCUGCUCGCUGAGGAGGCGCGAAGACUCGCCGACAAGCACAAGAUGGACGCUGAUCAGAUCGAGAAGAUCGCCAAAGACGCCAACGACACGUCUACGAAGGCGUACAACCUGCUGCUGAAGACUCUGGACGGAGAGAGCAGGACGAGCCAGGAAGUGGACGAGCUCAACAAGAAGUACAACGAGGCGAAGGAGCUGGCGAAGAACCUGGAGAAACAGGCCAACAAGGUUCAGGCGGAGGCCGAGGACGCCGGGAACAAAGCCCUGAAGAUCUUCGCCAACCUCACCAGCCUCCCGCCCUUCGACACCAAGGCUCUGGAGGACGAAGCUACAAAGAUCAAGAAGGAGGCGUCGGACCUGGACAAGCUGAUCGAUAAGACGGAGAAGGAGUACAACGACCUGAGAGACGACCUGAAGCCCAAAGAGCAGGAGGUCCGCAAGCUGCUGGAGAAAGGGACGAGUGAGCAGCAGACCGCAGAUCAGCUGUUAGCUCGGGCCGACGCCGCCAAGGCUCUGGCUGAGGAGGCGGCUAAGAAGGGACAGUCCACUUAUAGAGAGGCAGAGGGCAUCCUGAACGACCUCCGAGACUUCGACAAGAGGGUCAACGACAACAAGACGGCUGCUGAGGACGCCAUGAAGAAGAUCCCCGCCAUCAACGCCACCAUCAUGGCGGCUAACGAGAAGACCAGGCAGGCGGAGUCGGCCCUCGGCAACGCCGCCGCCGACGCCCGAGAGGCCAGGACCAAGGCCGAGGACGCCGAGAGGAUCGCCAGCACCGUGCAGAAGGGCUCCGCCAAGACCAAGGAGGACGCAGAGAAGGCGUUCCAGGACACCAACAAGCUGGACGCCGAGGUGGACAACAUGAUGGACGACCUGAGCGCGGCUGAACAGGAGCUCGCCAGGAAGAAGGCCGAGGCCGACCAGGACAUGAUGAUGGCAGGAAUGGCGUCCAACAACGCCAAGGAGGCAGAGGACAAUGCCCGAAAGGCCAAGGGCGCCGUGAAGACGGUCCUGAGCACCAUCAUCGCCCUGCUGAACCAGCUGGGAAACAUCGACAAGGUCGACCUGAGCAAACUGAACCAAAUUGAUGAGUCGCUGAAGAGGGCCAAGGGCAAGAUGGCCGACAGCGACCUGGACAGGAAGCUGACGGAGCUGAACGACGUGGCGCGGACUCAGGAGGAGAUGAUCACUGACUACGACCGGCAGAUCCGUGAGAUCCGCGCUGACAUCACCAACCUCAACGACAUCAAGAACACGCUACCUGAGGGCUGCUUCAACACGCCAUCUCUGGAGAGGCCCUAACCCUGCCCCCCCGCCCCCCCCCACUCCCGCCCCUUCACAGCUAACACGCCGGCGAACACGCCGACUUUUACCAAAACAGUUUUUAAAGUCUUGUUUUCAGAUUCUCGUCUGUGAAAAGAAUCUUUCAAACCACGUUCACGGUUUUUAUUGAGAGAAGCAGCUGAUUCUGUUUUGUCUUUAGUUUUUUUUAGUCUUUAUUCCUCGAGACGCAGAAACGUGAAGAAGGAGCUCAGCGGCGGAGACGAGCUGAGCAGAACCACCAUCCCACGUGACUGCACCACGAGAGGAGGUUCCUCCGACGCAGGAACCACGACUCGUGCUCCCGGCGCCUCGAGGAACCUUCGCUCCAUGUUUUGUUUUUAUGUUUUUCAUCACAACAGCUUCGUCAGUUUGAGUUUCACAGAGUUCAGCUGAACGUUCUCACCACAGUGAAGGAAUCCUCGGACACAGCGCUCACUGUGUCUCCACUUGCAGCGGGUCGGCGUCGUUGUGCGUUUGUAGCUGUUUUUGUCGUUGUUGUGUUGUUGUCGUUCCUGCUCUGCUGGAGCUCGUGAAGCCUGAAGUCACAACGAGUGAUUUUGCAAAGUAAGAGUGUUUUGUUAUGUGAGAAAAUGAGCUACAAAAUAUCUGAUUCUUUUCUGCACAAGACGCCCUCUAGUGGAAAAACGACAGCUGCUGUCAUCGUGUGAGACGCUGUGUUUUUAUCCAGAUGCAUCAUGGGAGAGAGAUGUUAAUGAGACUCGAUGACGAAGCGUCUUUCAGGGUUUCUGCGUCUCACCGCGGUCGAACACGUUUCACGUCCGAUGUUUUAUUUUCACGUCUGUCGCUGCUUUUCACUCAUUAACAACCUCCAGGCUUAAAUCCAACACUAUGCAACUUUGUACAUUUGCGUAGUGAGAAUUUUAUCUGAUACACUGGUGCUAAUAAUUAUUUCAAAUGUUAUAUUUUUGUGUGAAUGUUUUUUAUUAAGAUGUAGAGUGAGACUUUGUUAUUUGUGUAAAUAUAUGAUGCUUCAAUGAUUCAGGCUGAUUGUUAAGAAAUAAAAGUCCAACAUGGAAACAGCCACAAUCAAUGAAACCUCCCGGUGAAAUAUAUCGACUCUAUGAUAACGACGUCUGUGGUAUGUUAUUAUUAUCGUGUAUACAAGCGAUGCUAACGUGUCAUUUGAUUGUUAUGAUUUUGUGUUUUCACGCCUUCAUUCAACCCAACUGAAUAUUAUUGUUUUUUUGAACUUUGACCUUUUUACCAAUCAGGAUGUGUUUUCGUAAAGUGGGCGUGGCCUGCCUCACAAGUCAUGUGAUAAGCUCGGUCACAUGUCGCUACAGUAGUUACCCGUUUUAACGAGUGUUUGUGCCUUAAUAUAAAGCUAGGUUAUAAUCACGGUUCCAGAGCAGAACGCCACUUUUGACUUCACAGGAAAUGUCCUCAUCGUCCUGGCUCCUUCACGCCUUCACCUCGUGUGAAGGUGUGAAGCAGCUUCUCUUUCUGUAAAUCAGGUCGUUGACAAACAGCUGCAGUUGAUUCUCUGCAGCAGCUGAACAGAUGUGAAACGUUCAGUGAUCGUUCGUCUCUUCAGUCACAUGUUCGCUGAGCGUCAACAGUCAUCAGCUGAUCUGUCGUUUUCAUUUCUCCCUCCAUCCACACGGCGUCCGUCUGGUGUGCAGCACAAACACACACGAUGUAUAAACAGUAUUUUAAGUUAUAAUGUACAAGUUAUUUGUGUUGUAACCUGUAGAUGGCGAUGCGUGUGCUGCACAGACUGCGGGCCGCCUCCGUGUCACGUCUGUUUCCUGUCAUGUGACGACCCGUGUGACCCUGUUUGUCCCCAUGUGCCUGUAAAUCCAAACGUAACAUUUCAAUAAUAAAAGAUUACUACAGGAACA